GCUCAGUUAUCUCCGGCGCAGCGGGCCGGCCGGACGCCGCGGGUGGAUAUACGACAGCGCCCGAGCCGUCCGAGGCGAGCCGACGGCGGACCAGUCGGCGCGGUGAGGUGUGCAACAGGUGGCCGCACGGGCCGUCAGGAGUGAGCGCCGAGCGGCCCGCUGUGCUGCCUGAGAGUGCGCGCUGAGAGGUGUGCCGUGUGCCGGUGGAGUGCGGGCUGGAGGCCGCCCCAGUCUGCAGUGCGGGGUCAGAACGGCCGGCUGGAGGCCGCCCCAGUCGGCUCCAUGGCCGCCAGCAAGGUGGCGGCGCGCAAACGACAGGGCAGCCUGCCCAAAGAGCCGCCUCCCAUUAUCAACGGAGAGGAGUGCAAGGAGUAUGCGCUGGACAGCUUCGAGAUCAUCAAAACAAUCGGGACGGGCACGUUUGGGCGCGUGUGUCUGUGUCGCGAGAAGGCCACCCGCUCCUACUGGGCCAUGAAGAUCCUGGCCAUUCAGGACGUCAUCCGGCUGAAGCAGGUCGAACACAUCCGCAACGAGAAGCUCGUCCUCUCGGUCGUGCGACACCCCUUCAUCAUUGAAAUGUCGUGGACGCACCACGACCGCUCGUUCCUGUACAUGCUGUUCGAGUACGUGGUCGGCGGGGAGCUGUUCUCCUACCUGCGGCACGCCGGACGCUUCUCCAGCAGCACUGGGCUGUUCUACACGGCGGAGAUCGUGUCAGCGCUGGAGUACCUGCACUCUCAAUCCAUAGUGUACCGCGACCUGAAGCCCGAGAACCUGCUCCUCGACAGGGACGGACACCUGAAAAUCACAGACUUUGGCUUUUCCAAGAAGCUGAGUGACAGGACGUGGACUCUCUGCGGCACACCGGAGUACCUCGCGCCGGAGAUCAUUCAGUCCAAGGGCCACAACAAAGCCGUCGACUGGUGGGCGCUGGGCAUCCUGGUCUACGAGAUGCUGUCUGGCUACCCGCCGUUCUUUGAUGACAACCCGUUCGGCAUCUACGAGAAAAUCCUGGCCGGCAAGAUCGAGUGGCCGCGCCAUAUCGAUCCCGUGGCCAAGGACCUCGUCAAAAAACUGCUGGUCCAGGACCGCACCAAACGGCUCGGCAACAUGAAAAGUGGUGCUGAGGAUGUCAAGCGGCACCGAUGGUUCAAAAAUAUCAACUGGGAAGAGGUUUUCUACAGGAAACUGAAGCCGCCCAUCGUUCCCAAGGUGGCGUACGACGGCGACACGCGCAACUUUGACGACUAUCCGGAGACCGACUGGCAAAAGGCGCCGGCGGCCAGUGAGAAGGACAUGCGCCACUUCAUCGACUUUUAGCCGCUCUCCGGCGCGCUGUGUGCCCGCGGAGCCGGUCCGUCCGUCCGCGGUGGGUGGAGGCUCGGCCGUCCGGCCGUCCGUCCGUCCGCGGUGGGUGGAGGGGGCCGUCCGUCCGUCCGCGGUGGGGGGAGGCUCGGCCGUCCGUCCGUCGUGCACAGAACUGUCGGCGAGGUGCCGGUCUGUCGGCUCGACCGUCAGACCAGUCCAGUGGGCCCGGCUGCCGCGCCCGCCGGCCCCGACUCCGGCGUGGACCGCUCGGCCGCCCGCGCGCCCCAGUGCUGACCGGCCGCCAGUCGGCGCGGGCCGCGUCACGUGCUUCCUUGUGAGCAGGCCGGGCUGAAAGGAGUCAGUCUCUCCAGCCUGUUCAGUGUGGGGAUGGGGUGGGGUGUUUAGGAGGGGGGGGGGGGUGAUCAGAUGGCAAUAGGAGUUGGAUGUUUAUUUGUGGUGCAGAAUUUUAAUGAGUGCCGUGGCCUUGUGUUUGAUAUUUGUAAGCCGCGUUUGCAGUGCUAUCGCCAGUGACAGGACUUGUUCUAUAACGUGCUCACCAUUUGCAUACGGUAUUGCAGACAGGCGCACACAACAAACAAUAGCUGCA